AUGGCGCAGCACAACCCACCAACGCUGCUAUUGGUGCUUCUGCUAUCUACUCUGACUGUCAACUCGUCAUUCCAGCCUGCUCUGGUACUAGAAAUGGCCAAGAUUCUUCUGGAAAACUACUGCUUCCCUGAGAAUCUUGUCGGGAUGCAAGAUGCCAUCCAGCAAGCCAUCAACAGCGGAGAAAUCCUGCAGAUUUCAGACAAGAAAACGUUGGCUUCUGUGCUCACCAAUGGAGUCCAAGGGGCGCUGAAUGAUCCACGGCUCACUGUUUCAUACGAGCCCAAUUUUGUCCCGGUGAUGCCACAAAUGCUGCCUUCCCUCCCCGUAGAGCAGCUUAUCUGGUUGGUGAGGAACUCCGUCAAGCUGGACAUCCUGGACAACAACGUUGGAUAUUUGCGGAUGGAUCGGAUCAUCGGGGAGAAGACGGCGGCAAAGCUCGGCUCUCUUUUGAUGGACAACAUCUGGGAUAAAAUUGCUCAAACAUCCUCGCUGAUCUUGGACUUGAGGUUCAGCACAGCUGGAGAAUUGUCCGGAGUUCCCUUUAUAAUCUCUUAUUUCUCAGACCCUGAGCCCCUCAUUCAUAUUGACAUUGUGUACGACAGGCCCUCAAAUACAACCAAGGAGCUGUGGACGAUGCCAUCAAUAAAGGGCAAAAGGUACGGGAAGAAGAAAGACGUGAUUAUUUUGACCAGUAAGCGUACCGUGGGGGCUGCUGAGGCAGUGGCGUAUACCCUAAAGAACCUAAAAAGGGCCAUCACGGUUGGGGAAAGGACCGCUGGUGGAUCUGUUAAAGUCCAAAAGAUCCAGAUCCCUCAGUCGGAGUUCUACAUAACAGUUCCCGUGGCGAGAUCAGUGAGUCCGAUCACUGGCCACAGCUGGGAAGUGAGUGGAGUUUCCCCAACGGUCCUCGUCAACGCCAAGGAAGCGGUUGCAGAAGCCAAAUCCCUUCUGGCGGUAAGAAGCGCCAUUCCAAAGGUAGUGCAGAACAUCACCGACAUAAUCAGGAGGUUCUACGCUUUCACGGACCGAGUUCCGGCUCUUCUUCAACAUCUGAAAUCUACAGACUUGUUCUCGGUCGUAUCCGAGGAGGACUUGGCAGUUCGACUCAACCAGGACCUCCAGACUGUGUCUGAAGAUCCACGACUGAUCAUCAAAUACACCCAAGACAAUGCCGCCAUAGAAGAAGAAGAAGACGCUGCACUUUACAACCUUCCAGAGGAUUCGGAGUCAUUAAAGGUGCUGGUAGAUACAACCAUCAAAGUGGAAAUCCUCCCACACAAUAUCGGCUAUCUCCGCUUCGACAAGUUCGUCAAGUUGUCCGCAGGAGCUCAAGUAGAAGAUCUCAUGGCCAAAAAGGUCUGGGAGCCCCUCAAAGACACAAAUAACCUAAUUAUUGAUCUACGCUACAACACUGGUGGAUCGUCUUCCUCUCUCGCACUUAUACUGUCCUAUCUGCACGACACGUCCAAGAAGCAUCAUUUCUUCACGAUAUACGACCAAAUCCAGAACACAACAACAGAAUACGACUCCCUGCCUCGAAUGGUAGGCCCGACCUAUGGAUCCAAACGUGGCGUUUACGUAUUGACCAGCUACGACACGGCAAGCACGGGCGAAGAGUUUGCUUACCUGAUACAGUCGUUGCAUCGUGGUACAGUUAUUGGGGAAAUCACAUCUGGUACUCUGAUGCAUUCAAAGACUUUUCAGAUAGAAGGGACGGGUAUUUCUGUUACUGUCCCUUUCAUGAACUUUUUAGACAACAAUGGUGAAUGCUGGCUAGGAGGAGGUGUGGUUCCCGAUGCUAUCGUGCUAGCGGAGGAAGCUGUGGAGCACGUUCGGGACAUCGCAGAUUUCCAUCAAGGGCUUAAGUCUGUCAUCAAGGGAACUGGGAAUUUGUUGGAAAAACACUACGCAAUCCAUGAAGUUGCACUGAAAGUCAGCAAGGUACUGUUCAGCAAAUGGACGGAAGGAUUGUACUGGUCGGUUGUUGACUACGAAUCUUUGGCGUCCCAGUUGACGGCGGACCUCCAAGAGACGUCGGACGACCACCGCCUCCACGUCUUCCACUGUGACGUCGAGCCGGAGUCGCUUCACGACGUCCCAAAGAUCCCGACUCCUGAAGAAAUGGGAUACAUUAUCGACGCUUUGUUUAAAGUCGAGCUUCUGCCAGGUAACGUUGGCUACUUGAGGUUUGACAUGAUGGCGGAUAUAGAGGUGAUAAAAGCCAUCGGACCCCAGUUUAUAAAAGCAGUGUGGAGCAAGAUCGUAAACACUAACGCCCUUAUAAUUGACAUGAGGUACAACACUGGUGGAUAUUCCACAGCGAUUCCUCUUUUUUGCUCCUAUUUCUUUGACGCCGAACCAUUGCGGCACCUUUACUCGGUCUUCGAUCGCACCACGGCGUCCAUGACAGAAGUCACAACGUUAAGUCAAGUCACGGGCCAAAGGUACGGCUCCUUUAAGGACAUUUACAUCCUGACUAGUCACAUGACCGGUUCAGCAGCUGAAGUGUUCACCCGAUCGAUGAAGGACCUGAAGAGGGCCACCAUCGUCGGAGAGCCAACGAUCGGAGGUUCUCUAUCGAGUGGAACCUAUCAGAUCGCGGACAGCGUUCUGUAUGCUUCCAUCCCGAACCAGGUGGUGUUGAGUGCAAUAACUGGGAAAGCUUGGAGUAUUUCAGGAGUGGAGCCUCAUGUCGUAGCUCAGGCUAGUGAUGCUCUUCCAGUGGCUCAGAGACUCAUAGCGGCAAGGCAGCAAAAGAGAGAGCAAGGAAACUAGUUCCUUAUGUUGUAUCCUAACUUCCUUUAAAAAUCUAAUUUCAGUUUCUUGAUUCAUGACUGGC